GAGUCGAAGGUGCCGAUGGAGAAGCUUCAGCUCGCCUUCGAAAUCGUCCUCACUGCACCCGAGGGGCUGGAGCUCAAGUUCACACCAAGAGAACGACCAGCAUGACGACGAAUUUCCUCCGCUAGUAAACGCUUGCUCGAGGCUGGUCAUCAAGUGGCUUCGCAUGUGCUGGAUUCUGCGCAACGCCCCCAGACCACCGCAGAGAGGGCCAUUUUCGCUUCUCCUAGACAUACCGUUGGCCUUUGCACGAAUGGAUCCUCAGUUGCACAUCACUGCAAAAAUCUACAAUUACACAAAGGAGAUGUUUCCAAAGAUCAUCGACCAGGACUUCACGGUUGCGUUCUAUGGCCCGCAACCGUUUCUUGUGGGUGCCACACCGAUGGCCAUGGAGGCCAUCUUGAAAAGUACCUCAAACUUGAACAAAUCUUUCAUCUACCAGAUGAUGAGACCCUGGGUUGGCAAUGGAAUUUUGAUAAGCGACAAAGGUGUCUGGAAACCAAGAAGAAAAAUGAUGACACCGGCGUUCCACUUCAGAGCGUUAGAAGACUACAUUCCCAUUAUGAAUCGCAGAGCAGAAGAAAUGGUACAUGACAUGGCGACAACGAUCGAACUGGAGAAGACCUUCUUUGAUGUCCGACCGAUAGUACGAAGGGCCGCUUUCGCGAUCUUGUUCGAAACAUCGAUGGGAGUUCAAAUUGACAAGGAAGAAGUGGAACGAAUGCGACUUCUUGAGAUCACCGAAGAACUUUCCGCGAGCAUCGUCGCGCGCGCAGCCAACAUCCUGCACUGGCCAGACUUUAUCUACAAUCUGACCAAAGAAAACCACGAGUUCCUCGCCAACAUAAAACAUGUGCAGACAUACAACAAUCAGAUUGUGAAACAGCGCAAGGCCGAUUACGAGGCUGGCAUCGGAGACGAAAAACUGAAGAAAUCUUUUCUCGAUAUCCUGCUACGUCUGCACAUCGAGGAAGGAAUUCUCACCGAGCAAGACGUCAGAGACGAAGUGAGCUCCAUCUUCAUCGGGGGAUUUGAAACGACAGCAACUUCUGCGUCAUUCUGUCUUUAUCUUCUUGGCCAUCAUCCUGAAGUUCAAAAGAAGGUACACGAAGAAAUGGACGAAGUAUUUGGGGAUGAUUGGGAGAGACCCGUGACUCUUGAUGACAUCAAGCGUCUGAAGUACACCGAGUGUGUCAUCAAGGAGUCAAUGCGCCUAUAUCCUGCUGCACCACUCUUAGCGAGAAUGAUCGAUGAAGAUAUCAAGAUUGGUGAACAAACAAUUCCAAAGGGUACUGUGGCCUUGGCUUUGAUCUUUUACAUGCAUCGGCAUCCAAAAUACUUCGAAAACCCUGACGUCUUCAUGCCAGAGCGCUUCUUAGAAACUAAAAACAGGCAUCCCUUCCAGUUUGUGCCUUUCUCUGCUGGACCUAGGAAUUGCAUCGGUCAAAAGUUUGCACAGUUCGAAGAAAUUAUUCUUCUCGCCCAGGUCAUGAGAAGGUAUAAGGUUGAGUCGAAGGUGCCGAUGGAGAAGCUUCAGCUCGCCUUCGAAAUUGUCCUCACUGCUCCCGAGGGGCUAGAGCUCAAGUUCACACCAAGAAAACAACCAGCACGCUAAUCAACUGUAAUACACAUUUUUCACUAGAUAAGAAACAGUAAAAAAUAGUUCCUCCAUUUUGUGGUGAACAAAAAUAGACUUCUGUAUAAGGGAGGUUGGAAGAUCCAUAGAAAAUAAAC